AUGAAUCCGAAAUCGAAAUUAAGCGAGCUUCCACUUAAAAGGUUUUAUCGCCUUGUCCUACAACCUUCGGUGAUGUUCGAUGAUUCGGGUCGUAUCAGUGAUUCUGCGUACGAAGCGCAUUUCACAGCACUUCCGAGCAAGCAGUUACUGACGUUGACGGUUGUUCCACCGGAUGCAUGGAUGGUUCAGUCGGUUUAUGCGGUCUAUGAUCUUGAUAAUAUCAAACUGGAAAACGUGGCCGGGAAUGUAAUUGCCAGAUAUGAGCUUGAACAUAUCCUGCUGGAAGGACAUUGCUUCGAUGACAUGACUGGUUCACCGCCACGUGGCCUUCAGUUCACGCUCGGCACUCAAACGAAUCCAACUCGUUACGAUACGAUUGUUAUGGCCAAUCUGGGAUAUUUCCAGCUAAAAGCUAGUCCAGGUGCAUGGAUUCUCCGACUUCGCGACGGUAAAUCCAAGGAUAUAUAUGAUAUUGUGAGGUAA